UUCAGAGGUUUCUAUAAAGGAGAGUGAGAGAGUGACUUCGGAGGCUGUCUUUGUGUUGGAUUUGCUGUGCUGCGGAAGUGGUUCAAUCUUGGUCAUCUGAAAUGGCGACAUUUAAUGAAAAGAAGACAUGCAGCGAGCGUAUGCAAAACUUUGGGCGUUUUGUAUGGAACCCCGACACAGGAGAGCUGCUGGGAAGGACCUUAGUAAAAUGGGUGUUUAUAAGUCUUUACUAUGUGGCUUUUUACAUUAUUAUGAUUGGACUGUUUGCACUUUCCAUCUACUCUCUGAUGAAAACAUUGGACCCUUACGAGCCGGAUUAUAAAGAUCAACUGCAGUCGCCAGGUGUUACAAUAAGGCCAAGUGUGUAUGUAGACGAAGAUAUUGAAAUCGUUUAUAACAUCUCAGAUGAAAAUUCUUACAGAGGAAUUGUGAAAAGUCUGCACACAUUUCUCUCAGUGUACAACAAAACCAAACAGCAUGAAAUGAUGAACAAGGACUGCAGCAACUUAACUGAUGUCAAAUCUUUAUUGGCGGGUGGUGGACGCACCAAACAUGCCUGUCAAUUCACUACGGACAUGCUUGGAAAUUGCUCCUGUGAUAACGAUCCCACAUUCGGCUAUGCAUCGGGACAGCCUUGUAUCUACAUAAAAAUGAACAGGAUCAUACAGUUCAUGCCUGACAAUGCUACAGCCCCAACUCUACAUUGCACCUCAAAGGAUGAUCUUGGACCUGUAGAAUAUUUUCCACAUGGAUCAUUUGGUUUGCAGUAUUUCCCAUACUAUGGAAAGCUGGCUCAGCCGAACUACACCAACCCAUUAGUGGCAGUGAAACUUCUUAAUCCUGCCAAGAACCAUGCAUUAAAAAUUGUGUGCAGAGUUAAUGGCAGCCACAUUAUAAGUGAUAACCCUCAUGAUCCGUAUGAAGGAAAAGUGACCUUCACGCUUAAAAUAGAAAAUUAA